ACACGGAUAGAUUCUAUGGACGGAGGAGGGUGCAUGUGGGACCUCUCUGAUAGGGAGGGUUCCGUCCGCCGGGAGACGAGCACCGGGAUUAGCACCUAACCAACACUCAGGAUUUGGGGGGAUUCGGGUGAAGUGUGGCUCCAUACAACAGCAAAAGAUCAUCCACCAGGUUGUCAGACAGCAUCCACUCUGGCCUUCCGGUGACCCUGGAAUGGUGCAGGUUCGGGAGCCUCUUUACGUUCCAGGCCCUGGUUUACAAACAUGCUCAGACCCAGAAUGUCUUCCAUCAUGGCUGAAGACUGAAUGAAAAAAAAGAAAAGGACAUGACUGCUCCCAGAGAUGACUCGUGUAAUGAAGAAAGAACACGCCUUGUGGGCAUCUGUGUGUCUGUUGCUUAGCCUUGUCCCCGAGCUUCUUAAUGCUCUGACCGAAGAGGUUGAUGGACAAGCAAAAGCCACAGAUUCUGAGCUGCCGCCAGGGAAACCGCUGCAAACAUUCUGUGCAAUGAAGGUGGAUGGAGGCCCGUGCAAAGCAAUGAUAAGGAGUUAUUUUUUCAAUCUGUCUAGCCAGCAGUGCGAACAGUUCAUAUACGGAGGGUGCCGAGGAAACCCAAAUCGAUUUGAUACCCUGGAAGAGUGUAAGACAACGUGCAUAAAAGGUUAUAAAGAGAAGAUGGUAAAGACAACAUCCGGAGCAGAAAAGCCAGAUUUCUGCUUCCUGAAAGAGGAUCCUGGAAUCUGCCGAGGCUACUUUACUAAGUAUUUUUAUAACAACGAGUCCCAGCAGUGUGAAAAGUUCGGCUACGGCGGGUGCCUGGGCAACCGCAACCAGUUUGAAACUUUGGAGGAGUGCAAGAAGACCUGUGGGGACGCAUUGAAUGAGUUACAGCGAGGUGAUAUCACAGCUGAUCCCAAUGCUGUAAAUAUCACUUUGAUUUCCCAAUCUACCAAAGUGCUCAGUCGUUGGGACUAUCAUGGCCCUUCAUGGUGUCUUGCUCCAGCAGACGGUGGAUUGUGUCAAGCCAGUGAGAAAAGAUUCUACUACAAUUCAGCCACUGGGAAAUGUCACCAAUUUAAGUACACUGGAUGUGGGGGAAAUAAUAAUAAUUUUGCUACCAGAAGAGACUGUGUUAGAGCGUGUAAAAGAGGUUUCAUCAAAAGAAAAUCAAAAGGAGCAAUUAAAAUCCAAAGAAGAAAGAAGCCUUCAGUGAAAGUAGUAUAUGAAAGCAUUAAUUAGGAUUAAGAUAUAAACACAUUAUAUUUUUACAUUAAUUUCCUAAAUAUUUCCAUAAGGUAUUUUCACUAUAAUUUCUAUUCUUCUACUACAAUAAUUUUAAUGGAUAUAUUAAUAGCCAAUUUUCCAGGCCAUUGUGUCUGCUAUGGAUGAGUUUUCAUUUCAUUUCUUUUCUAACCUAGUCAGUGUACUUUUUUUUUUUUUUAAGGUGUAGUUUUAACUGGCCACUGUGAAUUUCAUCUUGAUCCCUUUCUAAGUAUUUCCACUUAAUUAAAAGUUCUUUUGCUGACCCAUAAA